UUACCUCCGCGCGCGACGCGAGUACGCGACGGUACGUCAGUCUUCUUGAAGCUGCCACACGUCAAGGCGAUAUUAUAUACACGUGCUUUAUUGUACAGCAUGAAGACGCUGACAUUUGCGCUGAGCCUUAUUCGACAUGGGGAAACGCAGUACAACAAAGACGGCCUGCUGCAAGGCCAGGCCAUAGAUUCGCCCUUGUCUGAGAGCGGGCUGCAGCAGGCUGAGGCAGCCGGCUGUUACCUUAAAGAUGUUGAGUUCAGCAACGUGUUUUCCAGUAACAUGCUGCGGGCGCAGCAGACGGCUGAAACAAUAAUGAAACACAACCGCAGUUGUUAUGGCUUGCAAUUGGUGUGUGACGCUUUGCUUAAGGAGAAAAGCUUCGGGAUAGCGGAGGGGAGGCCGGUGCAGGACGUGAGGGAGAUGGCCGAGGCAGCGGGCCAGUCGUUUCCGGGCUUCACCCCUCCGAAGGGGGAGACUCAGGAGCAGGUGACACAGCGGGUCAAAGAGUUCUUGGAGAAAACCCUCCAGCAGAUCGGGGCCGAGCACUGGCGUGACAGAGGGGAGGAGGACGAGACCUCUUCCUCCUCCUCCUCCGAUCCGUUGUCAACAUCUCUUGCGGAGGGACGAGCAGACGAGGGGGUCAGAGGUGUCCCUGUCCACGCUCUGGUCGUCACCCACGGGGCCUACAUGUGCGUGGCGGUGCGGUUCUUGGUGGAGGAGUUGGGCUGCUCCUUGCCGCCGGGCACCGACAAAGAGCACGUCUUCGCUUUGAGUCCAAACACGGGUCUGAGUCGGUUUCUCCUCACCGUGAGAAGAGCGGAGGGCAGGUUCGCACUGUCAGCCAUCCGCUGUGUGUUUGUCCACAGGAAGGGGGGGGACGUUCAAAAGUAGGAGCUAAAUGAACAGCAUUUUUUUUUUCAAGCUGAGUUAAAAGUGAGACGUGCCGAAAAAAAGUGAGAAGUUUCCUAGCUGUUGAAAACCAGCUUAUUUUAAAAAUAUAAUCAAGAGAAAAAUCUAAGGUCAUGUAUUGAGGUGUUCAUAGUUUACCAGAUGCAGUACAUCAUGGUAAACUAAAAGUAAUCGAAUGCAGCAAUCUAGUUUAAAUUCACCAAUAUUUCAUACUGCGGCCUGAAAAAAGAAUGAUUUAUUUAAUUUCCAGGGUAUGUAAUGCUGUUGUGAGCUUUUAUUUCCACUCGUAGAGCGUUUGUGUAGCAGUGCUCGCGUCAUCACGUCUCUGGCUGUUCAUUACUGUAAGUGUGGGCAGCUUUGUGCUCUAAUGAGUCCAUGUUUCUAUAUAUAUUCUCCGGAAGUUCAAAAAUCCUACGUAGGAAUAAGGAGCGGAACUGCAACAGUGUUGACUUUUGGGGAAUCAGUGACUUUGUCAUUGUUGGGAAUUAACACUUGGGUCAAAAGAAAAAGUGCAAGCAGGUGGUUUCUGUGCUUUAUUCCACUCUCAGCUGUUCUGUUCUCUGUAACCCUGAAAUUGAAGAAAAAAACAAGGUACGCUGUCUCAACUUCAGCGCGUCAAUAUAUUUCCAAAACAAGAAAAUGUUCUGUAUUAUGGUCAGGUAUCUGUGGAAACUUGGGAAAAAAAGAUAAUUUAAAUAUAAAUUUAAAUAAAACAUUAAGUCUAAAUUGGUUCUCAUUUGUUCAAGAUCCAGAAACACAUCGUCGCCUACACUGGUUCCAUUGAGUGUGAAUGCUCCUUCACUUGCAUCAUUGUCUACGUUCCUUUAACAUGCAUUAUUUCUCUAUUUGCCAGUUACGUAACCAAUUGGCUGUGUGCAUAACAACCAUGUGAUUUGUGUGGCCUUUCCAUGUCAGAUGAUUGGUUGAUGGGAGAAAAGACUUUGCAGCAAUGCGUCUGUUUGUUGCGUAAAUAGAUCAUGAACAUUGGAAAUGUUCAACUAAAGCCUAAGUGUAGUUAGAAUUAGAAUUGACCUCAUAAAUAAUUUGAACCUAAAAACCGACAAUUGGAUAAACCGAGUUCAGACAUUGUGCACCAAGUGGUUAACGUUUAUUGUUUCACAUAAGAAGUAACACAACAUGAACUGUAUAAAUAAUAAUAGAGGCUAAGAAGGAAGUCUUUUUACACAUUUCAAUAAAUAAAUACCUUUUC